AUGACUCUUGGUGUCACACCCAGUGAUUUUUCACUAGCCGAAGAUCAAAAUUUUGAUCCAAAGAUUGAAUAUGUCCAAAAUGAAAUUUCAAUUAUGGAUCUUACCAACAUCACACCUGAAGGAAGUGGAAUUUCAUCUCCAAGAGAAGUAUCCGGUGAAAUAUCUCCAAAAUUAAAAUUUGGAAAGAAAUCAAUAGGAUUUAUUGGUGGUGUAUGUUUACUUAUUGGAAACAUGACUGGACCUGGAAUGGUCUCCAUUCCUUUACAAUAUCAAGAAGGUGGAUGGUUAUUUAAUGUUUCUGGAUUAUUAUUGGUUGAAGCAAUCUCUUCUAUUCCAUAUAAUUCCGAAUUUAAUGUAAGUAAAACAAUUGAGAAUUGA